AUGGCGGCUAGGCUAAAGAGAGUGGUUGGUAAUCUUGUAUCUAGAAAUCAAUCGGCUUUUAUAGAAGGAAGAAAUAUAGCGGAUGGGGUGUUAGUGGUAAAUGAGGUGUUGGAUUUUGCCAAAAGGGAGAAACGAAGUUGUGUUGUUUUGAAAGUUGAUUUUGAAAAGGCCUAUGAUAGAGUAAGUUGGAAUUUUGUGAGAAACAUCUUUAAGAGAAUGGCGUUUGGGGAUCGGUGGAUGAGAUGGAUGGAGUGUUGCAUUUUUAACAAUUCAAUUUCCGUUCUUGUCAAUGGGAGUGCAACGAAAGAGUUUAAGGUGGAGAAAGGUCUUAGGCAAGGUGAUCCUUUGUCCCCGUUUGUGUUUGUUUUAGUCAUGGAGGCUCUCACAGCAUUAAUGAAGAAAUCUAAGGAAAUAGGUGAGUUCCGGGGAUUUAGAUUUAAUAAUGGUUAUGAGGUUGACUUGCUUCAACUUGCGGAUGAUACAAGCCGAAGGUGA